CACUUCUCGUCUUUAUUACCGCCUUCACCUCUCAGCAGAGAUUGAAAAUUGGUAGGUCUGUUGCACAAGCAUAAAACUUGUGCAUCAUUUUCUUUCUGUUCAACUACACUUGACACUUAUCACCACUCCCAUUGGCCUAAAGACUAAAGUUUCUUUCUUUCUUUCUUUUUUUGCCUUUUACUGUAAUCUUUCUCUCUCUUUUCUGAGACUGUUUUCUACGGUGUACGUUUGGCUCUGAGAAAGCUUUUAGAAAAAGUGUGGGGUAGCAAGUGAAAGAAGAAAGAAGAUGGUUAGGAUAUUGGUCCAAGCAGUGGGCGUUGUGUGCUUGUGGUGGUUGUGGAGUGCUGCAAUGGCAGAGACUGAGUCCAUCAAGUACAAAGACCCGAACCAACCCGUGGCGGUUCGGGUAAAGGACCUGUUGGGUCGAAUGAGUCUGGAGGAGAAGAUUGGUCAGAUGGUUCAGAUUGAUAGGAGUGUGGCCAAUGCUGAGGUUAUGAAGACUUACUACAUUGGCAGUGUAUUGAGUGGUGGUGGAAGUGCACCACUUCCACAGGCUAGUGCAGAGGAUUGGGUAAAUAUGAUUAACGGAUUUCAGAAAGGGUCUAUGUCCACUCGUUUGGGCAUUCCAAUGAUCUAUGGUAUUGAUGCUGUUCAUGGACACAAUAAUGUCUAUAAUGCUACAAUAUUUCCUCAUAACAUUGGUCUUGGAGCUACGAGGGACCCUGAACUGGUGCGGAGGAUUGGUGAAGCAACUGCACUUGAAGUUAGAGCUACAGGGAUUCCUUAUGUGUUUGCUCCAUGCAUUGCGGUCUGUAGAGAUCCAAGGUGGGGACGGUGUUAUGAAAGCUACAGUGAGGAUCCCCAAAUUGUGCAAGAGAUGACAGAAAUUAUACCUGGAUUACAAGGAGAGAUUCCUUCUAAUUCUCGGAAGGGAGUUCCAUAUGUUGGUGGGAAGAAAAAGGUGGCAGCUUGUGCAAAGCAUUUUGUAGGAGAUGGUGGGACAACCAAGGGCAUCAAUGAGAAUAACACCGUGACUGACCGGCAUGGGUUGCUCAGCAUUCACAUGCCUGCCUAUUCUGAUGCCAUCAUCAAGGGUGUAUCUACAGUCAUGGUUUCCUACUCCAGCUGGAAUGGAGAAAAGAUGCAUGCAAACCAUGAACUAGUUACUAACUUCUUGAAAGGCACUCUUAAGUUUAAGGGCUUUGUUAUCUCAGAUUGGGAGGGUGUUGAUAGGAUUACCUCACCACCACAUUCAAACUACACAUAUUCUGUCCAAGCUGCAAUUCAAGCCGGCAUUGACAUGGUAAUGGUCCCUUUCAACUAUACUGAUUUCAUUGAUGAUCUUACCUACCUGGUCAAGAACAAUUUCAUCCCGAUGGAUCGCAUUGACGAUGCUGUGGCGAGGAUUUUGCUAGUAAAGUUCACCAUGGGUAUCUUUGAGAAUCCCCUGGCUGAUUUCAGCCUCGUCAAUGAACUUGGUAGCCAGGCACACAGAGACUUGGCAAGAGAAGCUGUGAGGAAAUCACUAGUGCUACUGAAGAAUGGGGAAAAUAAAACAAAUCCAAUAUUACCACUAUCCAAGAAGGCUCCAAAGAUCUUAGUUUCUGGUACUCAUGCCGACAAUUUGGGUUAUCAAUGUGGUGGUUGGACAAUUGAAUGGGAAGGAUUUAGUGGUAACAACUAUACAAGGGGAACCACUAUCCUUGGUGCUGUAACUUCAACAGUUGACCCAAGCACAGAAGUUGUCUACCGUGAAAAUCCUGAUAGUGACUUUGUCAAGUCUAACAACUUCGCAUAUGCCAUUGUUGUUGUUGGUGAGCUCCCUUAUUCCGAGACAUUAGGGGACAGCAUGACUCUCACUAUGGUGGAUCCUGGACCAAGCAUCAUUAAGAAUGUUUGUGAGGCUGUCAAGUGUGUGGUUGUCAUCAUUUCUGGCAGACCUAUUGUGAUCGAACCAUAUCUUUCAUCAAUUCAUGCCCUGGUGGCUGCGUGGUUACCAGGAACUGAGGGCCAAGGUGUGACUGAUGUCCUUUAUGGUGACUAUGGAUUCAGUGGAAAGCUUCCUAGAACAUGGUUUAGAACUGUAGAUCAACUGCCAAUGAAUUUCCAGGAUUCUCACUAUGAUCCACUUUUCCCGUUUGAGUUUGGAGUCACAACUGAGUCUGUUAAGGAGCUAGUGUCAUGGUCAACCUCAGCUGGUGUUCAUGCAAAGCCAUCCACACUUACCAUUAUAGUUUCUGUAAUUAUCACUUUGUAUCUCACAGCUUCAAACAACUGGCUAAAACAGAAGUAAUUGGAUUUGUUAGAUGGUGUAGUACAUUGGAUGCUCCUCUCAAAGUGCAAUUUAGAAACUAACUUCUGGUAGUUUAGUGUAGGGAAAAGAGCAACACCUUCAGGCACUCAGUGUACUUAUUUGAUUGUACUAUGACUUCCGAUUAUUGGAACAAGCAACUUUUUGAAGCCAUUUUUUGAGCUCGAUUGUUCUGUUAUGAUUUGUCCUCAUGUAAUUUGUCUUGUGAUAAUUUUUAUGAUUAUGUGGAUGUAGUUGAACUCUUGAAAAGUAAGCCAAAAAAUUGAGGGAAUGCUUGGAUAA